AAAUUCAACUAUCCGGGAAACGCUUACCCACUGUCGUGGCUGGCCUGGCUGGCCUGGCUCAUGGGUAUAAGUAUGAGUGCUGGCUGGGUGAAGGGAGCCGAGCUCAGCUGAAGUUAGUCAGUCACCUAAACAAUAUGUACGCUACUGUCUUCAUAACGUUUCCAAUCGACUGAUACGGUCUUAUGAAUCGAUAGGAAGUGGAUUGGACAGACUGUCAGGAUGGCAGAGAGUUUUUUAAUGGAAGCGUGUGUGGACUCCGUGGAGUCUGCUGUCAAUGCUGAACGAGGAGGUGCAGGUCGACUUGAACUGUGUUCUAGUCUUCUGGAGGGAGGACUCACUCCCAGUCAAGGUCUGUUGCAGGUUGUGAAGCAGAAUGUCAAAAUUCCAGUCUAUGUGAUGAUAAGGCCUCGUGGGGGGGACUUCCUGUACUCAGACCAGGAAGUGGAGGUGAUGAGGAAGGACAUAGAGCUGAUGAAGAGCCACGGGGCCGACGGACUAGUGCUGGGAGCCCUGACAGAGGAUGGACAGGUGGACGCGGAGCUCUGUAUGGAGUUACUGGCUGCUGCUCGACCUUUGCCCAUCACCUUCCACCGAGCUUUUGACAUGGUUAAUGACCCAGUGGUUGCUCUGGAGACACUGAUAUCAUUAGGGUUCCAGCGUCUGUUGACAAGUGGCUGUGACAAUUCUGCUUUGGAGGGACUCCCUCUCAUUAAACGGCUCAUUGAACAAGCUAAAGGGAGAAUUGCCAUCAUGCCAGGAGGGGGUAUUAAUGAGAGGAACCUGCAGAGAAUUUUAGAGGGGUCGGGAGCUGAAGAGUUUCACUGCUCAGCCCGCUCCAGUAGGGAUUCUGCCAUGAAGUUCAGGAACACCUGUGUGACGAUGGGAGCUACUUUCUCAGCACCUGAGUACGGCCUGAAGGUGACAGAUGUGAGAAAGGUCCGCACUCUUAAUGCAAUAGCCGGAAAUACCAUGUAAAUGGGUACUGGACAGUCAUGACAGACAACAAAACAGAUACCUCAAAAGUGAUCAUAAGUAAUUAUACUGGUAUGUCAAAAAACAUUUUUUUCUUUAUCACUGAUCAAACAGUCCUUGUAAAGUUAGUGCUCAGGGAAAGCCCUGCAACCUUCUGGGAUAUGCAGUUAAAGUAUAUCACAGUGGAGAGUGAUUCAUAAUUUACAUUUGUUAUUGUACACAUGUAUGGGCUGUGUAAUAAAAUACACUACCAAUUUUGAAA